CUACUUUGGGUAACCCCAUCAUUCGUGUGACAACAUGGCGGCUGGUGUUGCAGCAUGGUUGCCCUUUGCCCGGGCCGCAGCCAUUGGGUGGAUGCCUGUGGCCUCGGGGCCUAUGCCAGCUCCCCCAAGGCAGGAGAGGAAAAGGACUCAGGAUGCUCUGAUUGUGCUGAACGUGAGUGGCACCCGCUUCCAGACCUGGCAGGACACCCUGGAGCGGUACCCAGACACUCUUCUGGGCAGCUCAGAGAGAGACUUUUUCUACCACCCAGAGACCCAACAAUAUUUCUUUGACCGUGACCCAGACAUCUUCCGCCACAUCCUCAAUUUCUACCGCACGGGGAAGCUUCACUACCCCCGCCACGAGUGCAUCUCUGCUUAUGAUGAAGAACUGGCCUUCUUUGGCCUCAUCCCAGAAAUUAUUGGCGACUGCUGUUACGAGGAGUACAAGGACCGCAGGCGGGAGAACGCGGAGCGCCUGCAGGAUGAUGCGGACACUGACAAUACCGGGGAGAGCGCGCUGCCCACCAUGACUGCUAGGCAGAGGGUCUGGCGGGCCUUUGAGAAUCCUCACACCAGCACCAUGGCCCUGGUGUUCUACUAUGUGACUGGGUUCUUCAUCGCCGUCUCAGUCAUCGCCAAUGUGGUGGAAACAGUUCCCUGUGGGUCUAGCCCAGGCCACAUAAAAGAACUGCCUUGUGGGGAACGGUACGCCGUGGCCUUCUUCUGCCUGGACACCGCCUGUGUCAUGAUCUUCACUGUUGAGUACUUGCUUCGCCUGGCCGCAGCACCUAGUCGGUACCGUUUUGUGCGCAGUGUCAUGAGUAUCAUCGACGUGGUGGCCAUCCUGCCCUACUACAUUGGGCUGGUGAUGACAGAUAACGAGGAUGUCAGUGGAGCCUUCGUCACACUCCGAGUCUUUCGCGUCUUCAGGAUCUUUAAGUUUUCCCGCCACUCCCAAGGCCUGCGUAUACUGGGGUACACGCUGAAGAGCUGUGCAUCAGAAUUGGGCUUCUUGCUCUUUUCUCUCACUAUGGCUAUCAUCAUUUUUGCCACGGUUAUGUUUUACGCAGAGAAGGGGUCAUCCGCAAGCAAGUUCACCAGCAUCCCUGCGGCCUUCUGGUACACCAUCGUCACCAUGACAACACUGGGGUAUGGAGACAUGGUACCAAAAACCAUAGCAGGGAAGAUUUUUGGUUCCAUCUGCUCACUGAGUGGAGUGCUGGUCAUUGCACUACCCGUGCCUGUGAUCGUGUCCAACUUCAGUCGGAUCUAUCACCAAAACCAACGAGCAGACAAACGAAGAGCACAGAAGAAAGCAAGGCUGGCCAGGAUCCGGGCAGCCAAGAGUGGAAGUGCAAACGCCUACAUGCAGAGCAAGCGGAAUGGGCUACUCAGCAACCAGCUGCAGUCCUCAGAGGAUGAGCCGGCCUUCGUUAGCAAAUCCGGAUCCAGUUUUGAGACACAACACCACCACCUGCUUCACUGCCUGGAGAAAACCACGAACCAUGAGUUUGUGGAUGAGCAAGUCUUUGAAGAAAGCUGCAUGGAAGUUGCCACGGUUAAUCGUCCUUCAAGCCACAGUCCCUCCAUGUCUUCACAACAAGGGGUCACCAGCACUUGCUGCUCACGGCGACACAAAAAAACUUUCCGCAUUCCUAAUGCCAACGUGUCGGGAAGUCAUAGAGGCAGUGUGCAAGAACUCAGUACAAUUCAGAUCAGAUGUGUAGAGAGAACUCCGCUAUCCAACAGCCGAUCCAGCUUAAACGCCAAAAUGGAAGAGUGUGUUAAACUAAACUGUGAACAACCUUACGUGACCACAGCAAUAAUAAGCAUCCCAACACCUCCAGUAACCACACCAGAAGGUGACGACAGGCCAGAGUCUCCUGAGUACUCGGGAGGAAAUAUCGUCAGGGUGUCUGCUUUGUAAGACACAGACCUUGUCACAGGUCUAAGAGAAUCGGAGCCCUGAAUAUGGAAAGAAUCUAAAGUAGAAGAAAGAAGAAAUAAUAACCCCUUUUUUGCAGAUUAAGACAGCAAAGCGAAGGUUGGAAGUGAAAAAAAAUAAAGCUUUCAAAGUUGAGGAUGUGAAUCAAAACAGCAAAUGGCAUUUCUAGACAGAAUUCGACCUGCUCACAGAGGAAGUCUCUGUGACCCUUUGACUUUGUGAAUGAGCACAAUGAAAUGCCACCUAUUGAUGCUUCUUAUGAUCAGAACUCUUUUUUAAUAAAACAAAUAAAAUGAAUCUUUGAACAUAAUGUUCCAGUUGAAUGCAAAACAAAAAAAUAUGGAAAACAUUUUGAUAAAAAUUUUUCCUGUUAAAACCAUGAACAUUGGCUCUGGUGAAGAUUAUCGUAGAUGAACAAACUCAUACGAUCCAUUUGUAUGGACUGAAGGAAACCAUCCUAAUGCAUGCUAGAAUUCUUUGGAGCAGUGAUCUCAGUUUCCUUAUGUUGUCUUCAGAAUAGGCAUGAUAAACUAUACCUGUAGAAAGGGGAACUUUCUGUGCACUUACAAUGAGCUGAUUGUCCAUGUUCCAUGGUGGGCUGUGCAAAUAAACUCCUUUUAGCACCACAGUGUUUCUCAUGGGGAUGCACACUAGUAAAUCUAAAGUGUUUGGAUAGUUCAGUAUUAAUUAUUGUUUAACCUUGCACCUAGUCAUUGUUAUAACUGCAAUAAUUCAUUCUAUAUCUGUUGUAUCAGGAAUCAGGAAUUUUUUUUUGACUCUCCAUAUAUUCAUAGAUACAGUAAGAGCCACAUUCAUAGAAAACCUUCUGGUGUGGCUAGGUUUUAGGUGACUUUUUAAUCCAAAAACUAUUGUGUCAUGAAUGUUUUUUGGUAGUAUUCUUUGGUCCACUGUAUUCCAGUGACCCAGUGCAUUAUCUGUUCCUAGAUCUCUCUAGUGUCUUUCUCCCGGGUUUACCCACUAAUGACAGGAUUAGUAUUUACUGUAGUAAAAAAAAAAAAAAAGUUUCCUGCUUUUGUAUUUCCCAACUGGUUAUUAUAAGUAGACUGUCAUCAAUCCCCUUGACAAAAACUAGAGUAAAGGAGUUGACACGAACCAUCUCCAGUGUUCUCACUAUUGAGGAAAACGCAGACCCUGGAAACGCCCUUACGUGUUUCAUGAGAGGAGUUAGGUGGGACUAAACAUCGCAGAAUGGAUGAUCUCAGAAUCUGUCUCAGUGUGUUAUUUAUAUUGCUUCAGAGCUUGAAUACAUUUGAGAACACCUGAAAUGCAGAGGUAAACGGAAGUGCUUCAUAUAGCAAUAUUUAACGAGAGCAGGCUUUGGAUGCCAUCCAAGAAAGCAGCAAUUUAUCUCGAAAGACCCUGUGUAUCACAAGGCACAACGUUCUCUGCAAAAUGAGGACAGGAGUGUGAUGAUGUGAAGCUGACCACUAUGUACAUUGAAGUGAAAAGUCUUGCUAUCUUUUCACCCUUAAAUAUCCGCAGACAUGUCUGCACGUGACCGUGUAAAAAGUUUUAUGUCGUGAAAAGUUUUGUUCAUUCCAAACCACCACUGUAAGAACGAAAGCUUAGUUUCUAUACAUGGAAAAAGUUAAUGAUUACUCCUCUGUCAUAGAGAUUUUGAAAUGCUUAUCACAAUUUACCAUAAAAAGGAAUUAAUCCAACCAUUUUCAGGUAAAGCCAGAAAUCAUCGAUUCCCUUUUAUAGAAUAGCUUCUAGAACUGUGCUAGGCACACAGUAGAUCUUCAUCAACAGCUGAGUGACAGAAAGGAGAACUCAGCUUUCUCUCGGGAAGACCUGGCUUUAUUCCUCGUGCAUCUUUUAAAAAGUUACUAAUCUUCCUGCGGCGUGAGUAUUAACAAUUCUAUUAACACCUGCCUCUUGUCACUUUAUGCUUCUAGAGCAAAUAUAUAGUGAAACUUCUUUGAUGGCAUUUAUUGACAAACCUUUUAAAAUAUAGACUAAGGAAAAUACAAUCAGGAACACUUAACAUCUUUUGAUUCCCAAUAAGAAGUUCUAUUUUCAUGUUCUUAGUAGUACAAAUAAAUGAAAUACACUUAGCUGAUUUUGGUUGAUAAUUAUUCUUCCUCUUUUGAAUUCUCAUUUAUCACAAAUUAUUAAUUUCUUCAGAUUUUCACAGAAAAAAAUUUAAAAAAACCUUUUGAUGUUUUAGGUGAUUUAAAACUGUACUGUGAUGGUGGUGAAUGACUAUUGAUGACUGUGUUAAGUGCAUCUGUAUUGUAAGUGACAUGUAAUUAUUUCUGUGUAUCAUACGGAGUAGCUAAGGUCAUUGUUUUUUGACAAUUUUGUUUGAAAUUCAUAUAUCUUAUUUCAAAGGAUAGCAUAAUAUCUGCAUUAUGCUGGAAAAAAUAGACUUUUGGAGAAUACUUAAAUAAAACAUGUGCAUGCUUGAA